GGCGCCCCCGGGAGGAGGCUCCCACGAUGAGCGGCCGGCUCCUGCUCCUCGCCGUGCUCCUGGGCCCCCCGGCUGUCGUGGCGCAGAAGAGGAGCCAAGUGGUGUGCGAGGACGUGCUGGAGGCCGACAUCGCCUUCCUGGUGGACGGCUCGUCCAGCAUCGGCAGGAACAACUUCCGCGCCGUCCGCGCCUUCAUGGAGGACCUGGUGGCACCCUUCGUGCACGCCGUGGGCGAGAAGGCGGUGCGCUUCGCCGUGGUGCAGUACAGCGACGAGCCGCGGGUGGAAUUCACCUUCUCCCAGCACGCCAACGGCACAGGUGUCCGGAGGGCCAUCCAGCAGCUGAGCUACAAGGGUGGCAACACACGGACCGGUGCUGGCCUUCGCUACAUCUCUGACAACUUCUUCGGUCCCACACAUGUCCGGCCCGGGGUCCCAAAGAUCUGCAUCCUCAUCACGGAUGGCAAGUCCCAGGAUGAUGCUGAGCAGUCGGCCGUGAAGCUGAAGAGCCAGGGCAUCAAGGUCUUCGCCGUGGGGAUCAAGAACGCCGACGAGAAGGAGCUGGUCCGUGUGGCCUCGGUACCCACCGACUUCUUCUUCUACUACGUCGGCGACUUCAAGCUGCUGGGCACGCUGGUGCCGCUGAUGACGCGCCGGGUGUGCACGAGCUCUGGGGGCACCCUGCGCACCCUGGACGGACCAGGCCACGCUGGCCCCUCCAACCUGGAGAUCCUGGAGCGAGGCCCUGACCUUCUGCGCAUCCGCUGGACCCCGGCCAGCGGCCCCGUCACCGGCUACAGGGUGCAGCACGUCCCGCUGACGGGGCUGGGGCAGCCCGUCGUGGCCGAGAGGCAGGAGGUGAGCCUGGGCCCCCGGGAGACCAGCGCUGUGCUGCGGGGGCUGCGCGUGGGGACGGAGUACCUGGUCACCGUCAUCGCCCAGUACGCCAACAGCGUCGGCGAGUCAGUUUCAGGCCGGGCGCGCACCCCGGCCGUGCAGCACGUGGCCGUGCACAACGUGUCGGCGCAGAGCAUGCUGCUGGCCUGGCAGCCCGUCACUGGUGCCACCGGCUACCGCCUCUCCUGGGCUGCCCUCACAGGGCAGGACCGGCGCAAGGUGGAGCUGGAUGCCAGGCAGACGUCGCACGUGCUGGGGGGGCUGCAGCCCAGUACGGACUACGUGGUGACAGUGGCCCCGCUCUUCGGGCAGCUGGAGGGGCCCGCGGCCUCCGUCCGGCAGAGAACAGAGGCUAGUGUGGAGCAGACGCUGCGGACCAACAUCCUGGGCCCCACGGCCAUCCAGGUGCUCUGGGUUGCCCUCCGCGAGGCCCGCGGCUACCGCCUGGAGUGGAAGAGAGCCACAGGACCGGAGCCCCCCAGGACGGUGUCGCUGCCCAGCAGCAUCAGCAGCUACCAGCUGACGGGGCUGCAGCCGGGCACCGAGUACCGCAUCACCCUCUACACGCUCUACGAUGGCGGGGAGGUGGCCACCCCUGUCACCACCUUCCAGACGGGCGUGGAGGUGCCCGUGGGCGCCGUGACGGAUCUGCGGCUCCUCGAGGACAUGGGCAGGAGAGUACGGCUGGGCUGGACUGGUGUCCCCGGCGCCACUGAGUACAAAGUGACGGUGCGCAACGCCCAGGAUGGCACGGAGAGGACGAGGCGUGUCCCAGGCGGCCAGACGGUGCUGGAGCUGGGUGACCUCCGGGAAGGUGUCACCUACCUGGUGCGUGUCUCAGCCCUCGUGGGUGGCCGGGAGGGCGGCGCCGACACGCUCAACAUCCGUGUCAAGUACCCGGCAGUGGGCAGCAUCUCUGAGCUGCGGGUGGUGGAGGCCAGUCCCAGCCAGCUGCAGGUCACCUGGAGGGGGCUGCCGGGUGCCGGGGGCUACCGGCUGACGUGGCGGGCCAGUGAUGGCCAGGAGCAAUCCCGCUUCCUCCCUGCCGACCCCACCACCUUCACCAUCGAGGGGCUGCGAGCUGGGACCGUCUAUGCCAUCGGUGUCUCUGCCACCAUCGAUGGCCGUGAGGGUCCCCCUGUCACCACCACGGGGCGGACAGCGCCCGAGCAGGUGGGGACAGUGUCCCGGCUGGAGGUGCAGUCGUCCAGGAGCAACGUUGCCCGUGUCACCUGGGUCGGCGUGCCAGGAGCCACCGCGUACCGCGUGGUGUGGAGCCGCAGGGACGGGGGCUCGGAGAGCAGCCAGCGGGUUCCCGGCCACAUCAGCUCCUUCGACAUCCCCGACCUGGAGGGAGGCGUCUCCUACACCGUGAAGGUCACGGCGCUCGUUGGCAACCGGGAGGGCAAUCCCGUCUCCAUCAUCGUCACCACCCCCCCGGUGCCCCCCAUCAGCGGAUUCCAGGUGACGGAGGCCUCGGAGCAGCGCCUGCGCCUGGCCUGGGUGCCGGUGGCCGGCAGCACCGGGUACCGCCUGGCCUGGCGCCCGGCUGAGGGAGGGCCCCAGCGCAGCCAGCAGCUCCCGGCUGCAUCCAGCUCCUACGACCUGGGGGGGCUGGAGCCCGGUCGGCGCUACCAUGUCAGCAUCACCAGCCUGGUGGGCGGCCGGGAGAGCUCGCCCGUCACCGUCACUGCCGUCACCGCUGCCCCCGGCCGUGUCACCAGCCUGCGGGUGACCGACGUGCGGAGAGACUCCGUAACGCUUGCCUGGACUCCCGUCCCUAGUGCCUCUGGGUACGUCCUGUCCUGGAGCCCUCCUGCAGCCGGCGGCGAGGCACAGCGGGCACUGCCAGGCACCGCCAGCUCCCAGCAGGUCUCCGGGCUGCGCCUGGGCCAGCGCUACACCUUCACCAUCCGCCCGCUCCUCGGCAGCGUGCCGGGGGCUGAGACCUCCGUCAGCGAGCGCCCAGUCUGCAGGGACGCCCGAGGUGACAUCGUCUUCCUGGUGCAUGGCACCCGUGACAGCUCCUCCGGCGCCGACACCGUGCGCAGCCUCCUCUCCAACACCAUCACUGCCCUGGGACGCCUGGGCCCCGAUGGCACCCAGGUGGGCCUGGCCACGUACAGCUACCGCAGCCUGCCCUGGCUGCUCCUCAACCGCUCCAGCGACCUGCCCGCCGUGCUGGAGCAGAUCCGCACCAUGCGCUACGAAGAGCCCAGCGGCAAUGCCAUCGGAGCAGCCAUCACCUUCGCCAGGACCUACCUGCUGAGCCCCGGCGCGGGGCGCCGGCCCGGCGUGCCGGCGGUGCUGGUGGUCCUGGCCGACGGCCCCUCUGGGGACGAUGCCAUCACUGCGGCCAGGGACAUCAAGGCUGCGGGGGUGCGGGUGCUGGCGGUGGGCUUGGAGGGGGCAGACCGGGAGCAGCUGCGGCGCAUGGUGACGGCCGAGGACCCGCGCUUCGUCUUCCCCAACCGCGGCGCGCUGCAGGAGCUGGAGGGAGAGCUCACCGACGACCUCUGCACUAUCAUCUCCACCAGGCCGGAGCCGGAGCCAAAGCCCUGCGCCGUGCAGUGCCCCAAGGGCGAUAAAGGGGACCCUGGUGAGGCGGGGCCGCGGGGACUGACGGGGCUUCCUGGCCUGAAGGGGGAAAAAGGCGAGCCGGGAGAGCCCAGGGUGAUUGUGGAUGGAGGACAGGGUCUGCCCGGACGGAAAGGGGAGCCGGGCACGCCGGGCAACCCUGGCCCCCCCGGCAGCCCUGGCCCCCGGGGUCCCUUUGGAGAUCCAGGCCCUCUGGGUCCCACGGGGCCCAUGGGGCCACCGGGACCUCCGGGAGACUUUGUAAAGGGGGAGAAAGGUGACCGAGGGGAGAGGGGUCUGCCUGGGGACCCCGGUCCUCGGGGACCUGCCGGCACCCCUGGACCCAAGGGCGAGAAGGGUGAUGGUGAGGACGGUUUGCCAGGGCCACCCGGCCGCCCAGGGGACCCAGGGGACCGGGGAGACCGCGGGGCGCCAGGCGAGCUGGGAGAGACGGGCGAGAAGGGUGAUCCAGGAGCGCCCGGCGAGCCCGGCCAGCCGGGUGACCCUGGUCUGAGCAUCCCGGGCCCGGCCGGCCCCAAAGGCGAGCAGGGCGAUCGGGGCAUCCCUGGCCUUGCUGGCAGGAGCGGCCCCAAGGGGGACCCAGGGGAGCCGGGCGAGAAGGGCGAGCCGGGCCAAGCGGGCACACCAGGGCAGACAGGGCUGCGUGGCAAGGAGGGCGAGCGUGGAGAGAAAGGUGACGAAGGCACCCCGGGCGAAGCAGGCCUGCCUGGCAAACCCGGAGACAGGGGUCCGCGGGGGCUGCCCGGGUACCGCGGCCCCCCCGGGGAGAAGGGCGACCUCGGGGACCCGGGUCCCGAAGGCAGAAACGGCGCCCCAGGAGCACCAGGGAACAAGGGUGACCGUGGCGAGCCGGGGCCUCCUGGACCUCCGGGACGAUCAGUGGAUGCGGGGCUCGGAGGAGCAGGGGAGAAGGGCGAGAAGGGGGACCCCGGGGACCCUGGCGAGGACGGAGCGAAGGGUGCCAGGGGUGACACCGGCCCCCCCGGCCUGCCGGGAGAGAGAGGCAUCGAGGGCCCCCGCGGCCCCCCUGGCACACGGGGUGACCCUGGGGACCGAGGCUUGCCAGGAGAGAAGGGAGAGCGUGGCCCACCAGGGCUGGACGGCCGCAACGGGCUGGAAGGGAAACCUGGGCCCCCAGGUCCCCCCGGGCUGAGGGGGGACCCAGGGAAGCAGGGGGACCCCGGCCGGGAUGGGCUGCCGGGGCUGCGUGGGGAGCAGGGUCCGCCUGGUGCCGUGGGACCCCUGGGGCCGCCCGGCCUCCCCGGCAAACCCGGUGACGAUGGCAAGCCUGGCCUCAACGGCAAGAACGGAGAAGACGGGACACCAGGAGAGGACGGGAGGAAGGGCGAUAAAGGCGAUGCCGGGGCCCCUGGCAGAGACGGCCGCAGCGGUGCCAAGGGCGAGCAGGGGGACAGCGGCGUGCCUGGGCCCCCCGGCCCCCCUGGCCUCCCCGGCAUCCCUGGGCAGGUUGGCCCCCCAGGCCAGGGGCGACCUGGCAUCCGCGGUGACCCCGGGACUGCAGUGAACAUCGAGCGUAGCCUGGAAGCCCUCGGCAUCAAGGUCUCAUCCCUUAAGGAGCUCACGGGUGCCUACGACGGGAGCUCGGACUCAUUUCUGCCCGUGUCCGAACGGCUGCGGGGGCAGAAGGGCAGCCGGGGGGAGCCAGGAGAGAGGGGCCCCCCGGGACGGGAGGGCUCCUUAGGCUUCCCCGGUGAGCGAGGACCCAAAGGUGACAAAGGGGACCAAGGUGCCCCCGGCCCCCAGGGUCCUGCAGGCCGGGCUGUGGGCGAGCGGGGCCCCGAGGGGCCGCCUGGGCAGCCGGGGGAGCCUGGCAAGCCGGGCAUCCCGGGGGUGCCGGGCCGGGCCGGGGAGCUGGGGGAGGCCGGGCGGCCCGGCGAGAAGGGUGACCGGGGCGAGAAGGGCGACCGGGGUGAGCAGGGCAGAGAUGGCUUGCCAGGCCCCCCAGGUCCCCCAGGGCCCAAGGUAGGUGACAGAUGCUGCUGGGGACCCUCUCCAAGAGGGGAGCGCGGCCCCCCCGGACCCAAGGGAGCAAAGGGUGAGCCGGGUGCCGAGGGCGAGCGAGGACCCAAAGGAGAUAAGGGUGAAGGCGGGCCGCGGGGCGAGCGAGGAGAGCCUGGCGAGAAGGGCAGGGAUGGCUCCCCGGGCCUUCCAGGAGAGAGGGGUCUGGCUGGCCCCGAGGGGAAGCCGGGCCCGCAGGGCUUUAGAGGGCCCCCCGGCCCCCCAGUAAGUACCCCGCAGCCGGGUACUGCGCAGUGGCACCAUGCUCAUCCCCUGGGGAACUUCUGGGGCAAGCGGGGCCGCUUGGAGGGCUUGCCAGGCUUCCCCGGCGUGCUGGGACGCCCGGGCAACCAGGGAGAGCCGGGGCCACCAGGACCUCCGGGCUUGCCCGGUCCCCAGGGCAGCAUGGGACUGCCUGGCCCCCCUGGCCCCCCCGGCCUCGUGGGUCCGCAGGGUGCCCCCGGGCUGCCAGGACAAGUGGGGGAGAGCGGCAAGCCGGGCGUGCCGGGCCGGGACGGCGUGUCGGGGAAGGAUGGCGAGCCGGGGAUGCCAGGGAAGAUGGGUGUGCCGGGACCUUCGGGCCCUGCCGGCCCCAAAGGGGAGCCAGGGGACGCCGGAGCCCCGGGGCAGGCCAUCACCGGCCCCCCCGGUGCCAAGGGCGAGAAGGUAAGGAGCUGGGGUACGUGGGGGGCCCCCACCCCGCAGUGGGCAGGGGUCCGCAGGGUGCUGAGCCUCGUGUCGCUGCAGGGCGAGCCGGCGCUGCUGGAGGGAGUGCUGCUGGGCGAGCCCGGAUCCAAAGGUGCCCGGGGCUUGCCCGGCCCCAAGGGAGAGAAGGGGGAGCCCGGAGGAUCCGGAGAGCCGGGAGACCCCGGGGAAGACGGAGCCAAGGGGGCGUCCGGAGCCAAGGGAGAGAAGGGUGACAUCGGCCUGCCAGGACCCCCAGGACCCCCGGGCUUAGCGGGUAUCGCUGGGGCACCGGGACAGCCAGGCCUGAGAGGGGACAGCGGGCAGCCUGGCGUGCCAGGUCCCCCGGGAGAGCGGGGCACACCUGGGGCCUCUGGCCAGAAGGGUGACAAGGGUGAAGACGGGCGCCCGGGGCUGGCAGGCGAUCGCGGGCUGACGGGCUUGCCUGGAGCCCGAGGGGAGCGCGGGGACAAGGGAGACGUCGGGGCCAUGGGGCCCAAGGGAGACAAGGGCGAUAGCAUCGUGGUGGAGGGGCCCGCUGGGGUGCGGGGCAGCAAGGGGGAGCCGGGAGACCGUGGCCUGAAGGGCUCAGAAGGGGACAAGGGGGACAAGGGCGAGCAGGGCAUGCCCGGAGAGAAGGGGGCGAGGGGCGAGCAGGGCGAGAAGGGCUCCACGGGCUUCCCCGGGGCACGCGGCCCCGGCGGGCAGAAGGGCCAGCCUGGCCGGGAUGGCAUCGCUGGAGCCCGGGGAGAGAAAGGGGACGUGGGGUACCUGGGCAUGCGUGGCCCCAAGGGUGACCGCGGCAUGAAAGGCGCCUGCGGCCUUGACGGGGACAAGGGCGAGAAGGGAGAGCCGGGGCUGCCGGGGCGCUCGGGACUGCCGGGGAGGAAAGGCGAGCCGGGAGAGCUGGGGCUGUCAGGAGUGCCGGGGGCCCCCGGGAAGGAGGGACUCAUGGGACCCAAGGGCGACCGGGGAUUCGACGGGCAGCAGGGAGCCAAAGGAGACCAGGGGGAGAAAGGAGACCGGGGUGCUCCAGGUGUUAUUGGUGCCCCCGGCCCCCGGGGCAGUGACGGGGUUCCUGGCCCCCCUGGCCCCCCAGGCAGCAUUGGCCCGCGAGGACCUGAGGGCAUGCAGGGCCAGAAGGGGGAGAGAGGCCCCCCGGGGCAGGCGGUGAUGGGGGCUCGCGGCGUGCCCGGCAUCCCCGGCGAGCGAGGAGAGCAGGGCAGUCCUGGUGCUGAGGGGCUCCGCGGGGAGAAGGGGGAGCCGGGCAUGACGGAGGAGGAGAUCCGGGCCUACGUCAGGCAGGAGAUGAGCCAGCACUGCGGGCAGGACAGGCACGUCCUCAUGGACACCAACGACCUGGAGUACGACAGCACCUACGCGGAUGAAGAGGAGGAGGACUACGAGGCAGCCCUGGAGGCAGACAGCUCGGAGCAGCCUGCCGCUGACGCCUCGCCCUGCGGGCAGCCCCUGGACGAGGGGGGCUGCAAGCGCUACACGCUGCGCUGGUACUACAGCCAAAGAGCCGCCGAGUGCCGGCCCUUCGUCUACAGCGGCUGCGGGGGCAACACCAACCGCUUCGGCAGCCGCCAGGAGUGCGAGCUGCGCUGCGGGCAGCAGACGGGGGCAGGUGCCCCCCGGGGCGGUGCCGGCAGCGCUGCGGGCGGGCGGCCGGAGGCGUAG